AUGGCGUCCAGACUGGCGAGGAGUGCGGCUGGAGCCAGCAAACUCCGCCCAACAACCUCGCUCUCCCUCCGAUCCUUUCCCGCGCUCAGCUCGACCUCGGUACGAUAUGCGUCCAACGUGCCCACCGAAGACCCGAAGAAGAAGGCUCAGUCGAUCAUCGACGCUCUGCCCGGAAACAGCAUCGCCAGCAAGACGGCCAUCCUGUCCGCCGGAGCCGGCGCGUCGGUCUGGGCCAUCAGCAACGAGCUGUAUGUGCUUAACGAGGAAUCCGUCGUCGCCUUCUGUCUGUUGUCCGUCUUCUGGAGCAUUUUCAAGUACGGCGGGCCCAUGUACAAGGACUGGGCGGACGGCCAGGUCCAGAAGAUCAAGGACAUCCUCAACGAGGCCAGAGUCAACCACGCCAGCUCGGUCAAGGAACGCAUUGAGGACGUCAAGCCGCUGAGCAACGUCGUGGAGAUCACCAAGCAGUUGUUCGAGGUUUCAAAGGAGACCGCCAAACUUGAAUCCCAAGCCUUCGAACUGGAGCAGAAGACCGCCUUGGCCGCCGAGGCGAAGGCCGUCCUUGACUCUUGGGUCCGCUACGAAGGCCAGGUCAAGCAGCGCCAGCAGAAAGAAUUGGCCGACAGCAUCAUUGCCAAGGUCACCAAGGAGCUCGAGAACCCCAAGGUUCUGCAACAGAUCCUCCAGCAGAGCGUGGCCGACGUGGAGAAGUUGGUGGUCAGCAAGGCGCAAUAA